AUGGUUCCCACUGAGGUGGGGCUAGGUGGGAGGGGCUCUGUGGUCUGGGAAAGCUGGAGGACAGGGUCUGAGAGUGCACUGACCUCUCCCCUCUGAGCCUUGGAUUUCUUGUCAACGAAACAGAAGCCUGCACUGGUGAAUGGCAGAGAUCUUUCUUUCUUCAGCUCUGAAGGUCCAGGGCAUUUCACCACUGGAAGUUCAGCAAACUACGGCUCGGUGACUCAAGAGGACGAAACGGGGAUGCUUCAAAGGAGCAGUGUUUGGAUCAUGUUAAUACGUGGAGCGGAAGAAGGCAAUGCGGACCUACUCCACAGCAGGCCCUGGGGCAGCAGUCUGGCAGUGCGCUUCCACUCGCUUAAGGAAACUCACAGAAGCAGACUCAUAAUAAGGAUCAUGGAGACAACUCAGGUUGCUUUCUUACUCUGAGAGAGCACAGCAUGGUGGACCAGCAGAUGGGCCUGGCUCCAAAUCUGACCCCCAACUACAGUGUAGCCUUGUGCAUGUCACUUUGCCCCUAUCAGACUGGUUCCUCAUCUUUAAUAUGGAAUUAAAAAUAAUUUCUUUGCAUAUAUGCACCAUGUUUAUUGCCACACUGUUUGCAAUAG